CAAGAUUAAAUAUGAUUCGGUCUGAAAGCUGCAGGGCACGUUACCUCAGCAGCUUCUGCCUUGCCGCCACCACGGCUGCAAGUGCAUUUCCUGCUCUUUGUACGACCGCAGCUAUACGUGGCAGCGCCACUAGCAACAGCCGUGCAGCCUUCCGCAGCUGCGCACCACCUAGGUGCACUAGGGGCACCAGCACCAGCACCAGGACACACGCAAGCACAGCUGACUGCGGCCCGAUGACUGGUGACUGCGGAGCCUUGGAGGUGGUCCGGGUGCCUUGCCUGUCGGACAAUUACGUCUGGCUGCUGCGGGAGCCCACUAGCGGUCGCACCGCAGUGGUCGAUCCCGCGGAGCUGCAUCCGGUGGUUUCAGAGCUGGAGCGCAGGGGCUGGGUCCUGGACGCCAUCCUCAACACGCACCACCACUGGGACCACGUGGGGGCGAAUCUGGACCUCAAGCGCCGCUUCCCCAGCUGCGAUAUCGUGGGCCCACGGGCGGAUAAGGACCGCAUCCCGGGAAUAGAGGUGCAGGUGGGCGAGGGUGACUCCUGGCAUCUCGGGUCACUGGAGGUGCGGGUGUUCGACACGCCGGGUCAUACACGGGGCCACAUCACCUACUGGGUGCCGCAGGCGGGAGCGCUCUUCCCCGGCGACACGCUGUUCGCUCUGGGCUGCGGGCGGCUGUUCGAGGGCUCCCCCCGCCAAAUGUGGUCCUCACUCUCCAAGCUUCUGGCGCUACCAGACCACACGCGGGUCUAUUGCGCACACGAGUACACCGCAGCCAAUGCGCGGUUCGCGAUGACAGUGGACCCGGACAACCCCCAGCUGGCGGAUCGGAAGAUGCGGGUGGAUGCGGCCAGGGCAAAGGGCGAGGCUACCGUGCCCAGCACCCUGGGGGAAGAGAAGGCCACCAACCCCUUCCUCCGACCCGGAGCCCCCUCCGUACGCAAGAACAUGGGACUGGGGCCCGCAGCGGAGGACUGGGAGGUCUUCGCGGCGGUCAGGGCGGCGAAGGACAGGUUCUGAUCCGGGGGGUGCAUGAGGGUGCAUGAGGGCCCGUAUGCUGUGUGUGCCCGCGUGGUCAAGUGGCGCGAAUCAUGUGGCUGGUAUGGGCGCCAGCCCAGUUGCCUGAACGGGCUCACAUCGCGCAGUCGGUUGGUUAAAAUCUAAACGGUGCACGGAUCAUUCGAAACUCUUAUCGGCUAUAAAAGCAGCUUGGGAAGAAUUUUCUGGAGGGUUAUGAACCAACGGACUUAUUGAGUUGGAGGGGAAAUGCAGCACAGGGACAUAUGAGCAGGUUGUCUUCUUGAGCUGGUGUUGCAAUGGCAGUUGGCCGGAGUGAACGAUAUGGACCGAGACCUCGUGGCUUCGAGUUGGGGACAGUACGAGUUGGCGCCAGAAGCCAGGCGCUGCCUACAGGAUGGAAGGGGCAGGGACGAAGGGACGCGGUGCAUGGCAGUACCAGCAGAUUGCUCUCUGCAAACCCUCGAGACACAUUCCGCCCUUGUAAUGCCCGUCGUCCCUU